GUCGAAGUAUAGUUCGGUUUGGAAUCAGAGGAGUUCGGUUCCGCAAUGACGGGUCUACGGAAUGGAUCUUGAUCGGGAAAUGGAGGAGUUUCUGGGCACGGUUCUGUCUCUGGAGGAAGACUACAAUUUGGGCGCCAGCUAUCCGGCAUUUUGGGGAGUCAGCGAGCUUUUGAUGCAGCAGCGGGGAGACGUGUUCUGCUUUAACGGUGAGUGUGCGGCUGAAACCCGCAGCUAUAGGCAUUUGAGGGAGCGUUUGAAACCCAGCAUUCAAUCUCACGAAGAGAGGGGGCUUAUCUGUAUACCCGAGUGUUUAUCCGUCGACUGGUCUAUAAUCUAUAACGUUGUAUUCUUUAUAGAACAGCUUCGAGCAGUCCAGAGAGCACGCUGGUAGCGGAAUGCAGUUUGGAACACUGGAAUGCGAACCCAGAACCCGGCUCGACGCUCUGGAACCCGAGCGCAGGAUCCGGAGUCGCUCCGGUUUGCAGGUUCCAGGGAGGUGCAAGAGGAAAAAGACCGUUUUUAGUAAAGAGCAAACAAAGUUCCUGAGGAGCGCUUUCGAGAAAGACCCGUAUCCGGACUACAAGAAGCGGCUCCAGCUCUCCGAGACCACGGGGAUCGCGGAGUCUCGGGUACAGGUGUGGUUUCAAAACAGGAGAGCGCGACAUUUACCCAAAACGAGUCAGAGAUGUGCGGCACAGCCCCGGAGCCCUCGCCGAGCGCCGCUGGGUCCGCUCCGGGUCUUCCAAACCGCCGAUGCGUCGAGAGGGAGAUGGCCGGGUUGGGAGUGCGAUGCCCGGGGCGCAUCCGUGUAUUACGAGGCUUCCCUGAACAGUGAGAGACCGAGAGCACCGGACAGCCUCGCCCAGGGAAUCCCUUUCCCUUACUGGAGCCGCUGAGACCAGAGCUGGGGUGAGAUAUCCACCAACACGCCGCCCUGACUUUAAUAUUUUUACAUUUAUAACAAAACAUAUUG